AUGGAUGAAGACUAUGGUUUGUCUGAAGAUUCUGUCUGUCCGAUCCUUCGGUGUGAGGAAGAGGAGGAUCUGGAAACGAAGACUGACCAAAGGGAGAUAAGGGAAGAAGAGGAGGAGGGGGUGUUUAUUCAGAGGGAGGAUGGAGAGGCUGUGGAGGAGAUGGAGCAAAAAGAAAAGGAGGGGGAGGAUGAGAAAGAAAAAGCUCUGUCAGAAGAGAAACGCACAAUGACAGAGGGAGAAGAGGAACAGGUGACGGCAGAGAGUAGGCUGAAAACGGAGGAGGCACGGGAAGUGCAGACAGAACACGACAAGGUGAAGAACAUUGAAACAGUGUCUGAUAAGAUGGAGGUUAAAGAAACUAAAUGUUCAGAAGAGAAGGACAAACAGAAGAAGGGUAGAAAGAGGCGAGGUAGGAAGCAAAGUGAACGAGUGAGAAACAGAAGAAGUACAAAAGGUGUCGGUGACAAAGUGGAAAGAGACAAGAAGACUCAGAUACAGGAUGUUGGAGGAACCAGCCCAGAGGACAGUUCAGCUCGGCCCGAGGCCCCUGGUGAACUGAUGGACAGCUGUGACCUGUCUGACCACAUCUACCUGGGCUGUGGGGGUUCAGGAUUAUAUUGUCCCCAAGUUCCCAUUCCCCUGCUGUAUUCCUCACAGCCUCCGGUCCCGAUCCAACCUGCACCUCCUCAGUCCCAGGACACAAAAAGGCCCCACAGCCCCUUCCUACAGCAUAGUCUCCCCCAGCCCACCCCACAGCCACUUGAGAUGGAGAUAACCCAAGUGUACUCCACCCGACGCUCCAUCCGCUACAGCACCAGGGGCCAAGGCCAGACCCUCAGCUUUCCUCUGAUGCCAGGGUUGGAGUCAGUGGACAGCUGCCUCCUGCCGCCUGCACCGAAGAAGAAACCACGAACCCUCUAUACCACUGAUCAGUUAGAGCACUUGGAGGCCCUGUUUCAGGAGGAUCAUUAUCCUGAUGCAGACAAAAGAAAAGUCAUUGCUGCGUCAGUUGGAGUCACACCACAGAGAAUAAUGGUGUGGUUUCAGAACCGCAGGGCUAAGUGGAGGAAGGUGGAGCGCUCCAUCACUGCAAAGAUUGAACACAGACAGAGUCGAGCUGGAUGCAGCAGCAGCAGUUCCCCUCAUCAUCAGGUCAAUCCUGUUUUCUCCAGUUUGGCACCCAACAGUAAGGGACCUUCCUCUUUUUCUGGUCACUCUACCUCCAGGCUGCCCCAGCUUGGCCCUACAGCUCCUCCUUUUUCCAUCCUGUCCAAUCAGACCUCAUCCUUGUACGAAAAUCUACUGACUAGUCCAGGUCAAUCGAGAGCAAGAGAUGGGGACCAGUACCAGCUUUCAUCUCAAGGAGGUUUUGCAGAGUACCACCCCCGCCCCAUGCACAGCCCUCCCCCAUUGCGGCGAGCCAGCUUCCCCUUUCAUACAACAUCCUACAAUCCUGCAAAUCCCACUCCCCCUCUCCUUAACACUCUGGCCCAUACCCCACCUCUGUUUCUGGAUGCUCUAGAGGGUGGCUCCUCCUUGGCACACCAUGACACCCAGACUCUGCAGGCUGACACCAGUUCUUUGUUUGACUUUGGGGAGAAGCUUGACUACACGACCUCCAGUCAACAGAACAACCUCUCAUACCAGCUGCAGACCUCCUACCCCACCAGUCAGACGCACCAUCAACCUCAAGCUUCACUGCCCCGCAUGACUUAUCUCACCCCAUCCCCAUACCUCACCCCCAAUCCUCCAGAUUCCAACCCUACCUCUUACCUGACCUUUGGUCCAGGUGGAAACUCCACUGGGGUGGUGACCUACUCCACUGGAGGCCACGCUUACUUCCAGUCCCAAAGCACUGGACAGAUCCUGCUGCAGUCCAGUGGUCACCAUGGUGGGAUCACAGCUUAUCAGUCGUUUCCCUGGAGCAACAUGUACAGUCAGCCAACUGUCCACCAACGUCCUCAGUGUCCUCCAUCCUACCCCAGUAUGAUGGGGGCUGCCAGAGACCACCAGCAGCCCUCCUCCACCGCCCUGCCUCCAUCUUUAUUUUUCCCCCGCGGUGACCAUGGGUCCUCACAAACUAACAUCCAGCGCUCAUCACACAUCCAGACCCACACCAGCACCAGUAGCGCCACCACCGUCCUGCCUCCUGUGUCCACUCUCCGGCCCUCUUGCAUCAGAGCGGAGAACACUCCACCUAAGGCUGCACCCCUGCUGCCUUCACAGGUCAGCUCUGCCUCCCCAGAAAGCCCUCCAGUGCCCCCCUCUGUCAAAAUUGAGUAUGACAGUCCUCGAGAGAUCCACAGUCACUUCCACUGUGACUUUUCUCCCAUACAUUUUUGA